CGUUCACGGGGGCGCGCUUUCGAAGUUCUGGGCCAGAGCUAUGUGGUGGUAGAUUCGCUCAACUACGUCGGGAUUUGUAAAGGUGUGGGGCCACUAAAUUUAGCCAGCAUCUGAGCGACUGGUCACAAGAUGUGUGACGUUAUGCCCACAAUAGCGGAGGAUGGGAAUUCCAGUCAUGGCGAUCGCGAUUCAGAGGCCAGUGGGGAGGGUACCAAUGUGGAGGAUAUGCUACUUAGUAUUUUGGACGAGCGGGAUCGGUUAAUGGAAAAUUUGCAUGACGCUCAAGAUCAGCUGAUCUACACACAAAAUCGACUGACGGAAAUAGAACGGGAACGGGAUGCAUUGAACAGACAACUUUCGGAAAAAUUGCCCGAAGAUCUUUCGUUACUUGCGAAAGAAGUUCAUCGGCUUCGUGAUCAACUUAUGGAACGAGACGAAGAAAUAUCGGAGUUGAAGUCUGAGCGGAAUAAUACCAGGUUGCUACUUGAACACCUUGAGUGCUUAGUUGCUCGUCACGAACGUUCUCUUCGAAUGACGGUAGUCAAACGCCAAAUCAAUAGUCCCGGCGGCGUUAGCUCUGAGGUCGAGGUGCUGAAGGCAUUGAAGUCGUUGUUCGAGCAUCACAAGGCUCUGGAUGAACGCGUUCGUGAGCGCCUCCGGGCUGCUCUGGAUAGGGGUGCCCAAUUGGAAGAGGAGGUUCGCUGUUCUGCAGCUGACCGGGCUGCCCUAAGGGAACAGCUUGCAGCCGCUUUGGCUGGAGUGGCAGCCGCCGCAGCGGCAGCUCAACAGCGACAUGAACAAACAAGUGGGGGUGAGUUAGAAGGUGUUCAACAACGCACCGGGAAAGACGAAGUUCUUGUCAACGGGGACAAUACCAACACUGCCUCUCUUCCUCCCGGUGGUCCACCGAUUUCUGUGAGGGACAGCAAUGAGGAUGGUAGUGGCAGUACCACUUCAGAAACAACCGGACAGAAAUCGGCUGCGUCUUAUGCUGCAGCAGCCGCAGCUGCCGCUGCUAGCGCGGUGGCUGCGGAACGUAAAUUGGUCGAAGUAACUGCACGGUCUCACGAUCUGGAAGCUUCGGUUGCAGGCCUGCAAAAAGAGGUGGCGCGAUCGAACGAGCAGGCGCUCCGGUGGCAACGCGAAUUGCGCGAGUCAGAGGUUCAGCGAGAGGACCAAGAGGCGCGAAUUAACAGCCUGGAACAGCGCUAUCUGGCUACCCAACGAGAAGCCACAAGUGCGUUGGAUCGCUUGAGCCGAGCUCAGUCGGAUCUGAUCAGUCGCGAAGUUGAGUUGAAACAGGCGCAAGAUCAAGCCAAAUCGCUCGCUGCGGAAGCGCAAACGCUGAAGGCCGAAGUGGCUAGAUUGCAGAUUGAAAAGUCGACAUCUGAUAAGGGGUGUAUGUCAAACGGGGACAAAAAUGACUCGCAGAUCAGCGAAUCGUCGGAUUCGGACGGCAACGCUGGUCGUAAAUUCCAAGAUGCAGCUGCCGUAGCCGAAGAAGUCACUGAGGAAUUGAAAUCCAAACUAAGUCAAGCAGAAGAACGGAUUCAUGAGAUGGAAUCGGGCAUGAAGGAAACGCAAGCAGAACUACAACGUGCCAGACAACGAGAACGAAUAAACGAAGAUCACAGCUCACGUCUAACUGCAACGGUGGAUAAGCUUCUACUGGAAUCCAACGAACGUUUGCAAACUCAUCUGCGAGAGAAAAUGGCGGCUCUAGAGGAGAAGAACCAACUUAACACCGAGCUGGAUCGUCUGCGACGCGUUCUUGAUUCUUGCCAAGCUGAGAGAGAUCGGGCGAUUGCUGAUGUGGAACGUUUAAGGCGACAAGUUAUGGGCACUACACCUACUUCUUCACACGAUGGCUCGCUUCCGUCGACCAUAUGUCGUGGACCUAAAAAUCGGACCGCCAUUCGACCGGAUCAGGGAGGAACUACUAGCUGGGAGGAUGGAAACUGGGACAAAACACCGGUGCAGGUUGACGAUGGAGAAUUCGAUGAGUUGGGUACAACCGGUAGCAUGACGCGCAACAGAAGACGACAACAAACUGACUGGUUGGACAAUGAUGUUUUGGAGACCCCCAGCCAGAGACACGGUUCAGAACUGAUGGCCAAUGCAACCGAUGCUCAAAGACUAGCGCUGAUGCUACAGGAACAGCUAGAUGCAAUCAACAAAGAGAUUAAGCUCAUUCAAGAAGAAAAACAACACGCCGAACAUUGGGUUGAAGAAUUAGAAUCCCGUGUUUGUGGAACAGGUUUACCUGACCCGGGACUCAACGAUGGCAAAGGAGGUUUGCUACCUGAUUCGUCACCUUACUCAGCUGGGUUAAACUCUUCAUUGACACCGAAUAGUGUGAUGCCAAGUCUGUUGCCUGGAUUUGGUCCUACAGGCUGGUCCCCUCCACCUUCGCCCUUGACGGCCCGAUCAAAAACAUUUUGGAGUUCUGGCGGAAGCUUCAGUCCCUCGUCUGUCUUACAGUCAGGGACCAUGACGACCAGUGACGUACCAGUUUCAAGAUCCCUUGCACAGUAUCAGUCGCUUGAUGUUCGCCGCACUCCACAGCAGUCACAAUAUAUGCAACGGUCUGCAGCUUACAUGCCCCACGGUAGUCAGUUUGACCAACAGAGGUCUGUAUCUGCUGCAGGGAGGCCUAUUCACCAGGCACUUGGUCCUAUCCCGAGCUCAACACCGAAUUCAUAUAUGUACACACAACCGUCAUCUUCGUCUAACAAUGUCAAUGGCUCAUCUGUGAAUGGUACGGCCUCAGCGACUCAGCCACGUGGUGUCACACUUGCUGAUGCUAUUGCUGGUAUGGAUGUUUUGGAAAAGAUGCAGAAGGAGCGUUCAAUUCAACAAAAACAGCUCAAUCAAAGGCUUUCACAACAGCUGUUGUGCAACUACGAAGAUCCAUAUGAGUUCGGUCCAGAUGAACUCCUUCCCCCGGGGGAUGGUGUUCUAUGGGAUUCUUCCACAGAUGGCUCCAUGCUGUCUGACGACCCUGUCCUAACUGGUUUCCAACAACAGACUUACCGUCCAGCCUCACAAAUGCAAUCACAUAUCCCUGCAAGCACUAGUGGAGUUGGUCAAGGCGCUAGCCUAACUCCAUACGGCAUCGUCACUUCACACGAAAGCACUCAUUUCACGAACUCUGGUAACGCCGUCCCCGUUGGUCCUCCUGUGGGAGCUCCUGAACUUAUCGCUACCUCCACAAGUCAAUCUCCAUACAUUACUAGCAAAACGCAAUCUGAAACUUCACCAACUGUGACCCUUGCAAAAGUCUCAGUCGCCGCCGUCGCGAAAUCGCUUGUUUUGCCUGGAUUUCAGCAGCAGCUGCCAAACUUUCAAGAAGCACCCAUCAGUCAGUCGUACAGAGCGGCCUCGGUUACACCACCAAUCCACUCCAAAUUACGCCGAGGUCAGAGCAUGUCUAAAGCUAAAUUUGAAGAGAAACAGCUAGAACAGUCGGCUCAGCUGACCACAGACGAGAUUAGUUUGGAGGAACACGACGUUGCUGCACGCCGCCAUUCGACCAAUUCCGUAAAAGAGCACGUGAAUUCUUCCAGUUCGUUGUCUGGCAUCUCAGGGGGCAGUCCAUUUGACGAAGUCUCAUCAAACUCUGAUCCUCAGUCGUCUGGGCAUCAGUUAGGGUCGCCUACGUUUGGAUCAAUACCACAGCAGCAAAUGUUCUCCGUUCACCCACAACCUCCUGUCCAGCAACAGAUGCAAAACCAACAGCAACAGCAUCUGCUUCAGAAAAACCAUUUGCAACGAGAAUACGAGCAGUAUCAAUCACUGCAGGCAGUCCAAUCUCGCCUGGGUGGAAACUCUUAUCACCCUUCACAAAGAUAUCCUCCUCCUCCACGUGGCAUCAAUCCUUCUGGUGUUUAUGUUCCCGAAAUGUCACCGUAUGGCUCAAUGGCACCGUACAAUCGUUCCCAGUUCAUUUCAUCUCCUGCACCCUCGCCGACUCCAAGCAAAAAGAAAUCUCGUAUGCUUUCAGGAACUCUUGGUAGAUUCUUCAAACGAAACAAUUCCAGUGGCCUGGUGAGCGGAUCGGAAGCACAAUCCUCUGCGUUUCCGAGUUCAUACACAUCGACCCCCUACCCCACGCGUCCUGGUUAUCCUGGUUUCGCUUCGCCGUCUCGCGUCGGUUCUCCGAUGCACUUUCGACAUUCUGUUCAAUCGAAUGCAGCUCUAGGGAUAACGCAACAACCGUUCACUCGUGGUCCAUUUCCCCCAGGGACACAACAACAACAACCCUAUCCUUCAAUAUCACAUCAUCAGCAACAGCUAAUGCAGCAUCAGCGGUUCCUGAUGCAGCAGCAACAACAACACCAAUUGCAGCACAUGAAUCAACGAAACGCACCGCCACCUCCGCUAGGUGUUUAUUGUUCAGAAGACAAUGCUAACGUUUCCGGACAAUUUGGUGGAACUGUUUCCCCGUUCCCCGCAUCGAAUUUGUCGGAUAGUAACACUACCUCCAGUGCAUCUGGUGUCGUCAGUCCUAGUCCUGUAUCUACCACUGCAGAUGGUUUGAAUGGUGGUGGUCUUAGUGGACCAGCACCCGUUCCUGAGGAACGCCGGAGAUGGAAGAAGGAAGAGCUGCUGGAAAAUGCCAUGAUGACACGCCUUCCCUUCGCCCAGUGGAAUGGCCCGACAGUUGUCGCUUGGCUAGAGUUGUGGGUUGGUAUGCCGGCCUGGUAUGUGGCCGCAUGUCGAGCCAAUGUGAAAUCAGGUGCCAUCAUGGCCUCACUUUCAGAACAGGAGAUUCAGCGCGAGAUCGGUAUCAGUAAUCCCUUGCAUCGACUCAAGCUACGUUUGGCUAUUCAGGAAAUGGUUGCCCUCACCUCGCCAACACCGGUCCCGAAACCAAGUACCAGUCGACUGGCGUUCGGUGACAUGAAUCACGAAUGGGUUGGCAAUGUUUGGCUUCCUAACCUUGGAUUGGCUCAGUAUCGUCCUUCGUUCAUGGAAUGUCUUGUGGAUGCUCGCAUGUUGGAUCACCUGACCAAGCGCGAUUUGCGCACUCAUCUGAAAAUGGUGGAUAAUUUACACCGCACUAGUCUUUUAUACGGAAUUGUUUGUCUGAAACGACUCAAUUACGAUCGGUUGGAAUUGGAACGACGACAACGAGAAGCUGUACAAACGGAUAACAUUGACCUCGUUGUUUGGUCGUGUGAACGAGUGCAAGCCUGGUUGGAGCAAGUAGGGCUUAAAGAAUUCGCGGGAAAUUUGAGCGGUUCCGGCGUCCAUGGUGGUGUUAUAGGUCUUCAUCCCGACCUUGACUCGCAACAGAUGGCCCUAAUACUCCAAAUCCCCACCUCAAACACGACUGCGCGAACACUGCUUGCCCGCGAAUUGAAUGAUCUGGUUCAACGAUUCAGAGCCAGUGUCCCCACUGCGGCCGCUACUCUCGGUCCCGCGCCUCGUGUUUUGGCCAUGGAAGCUGCUGCGCGUGCUCGUGCCCAGUUCGAGGGCAAAGAUAUCAGUUGUCCUGAUGACGGAUCGAGUGAGACAGCUAUCACAACAGGUGCCGAUUACGUCGAUUCAGCCGAUGAUCGCGCAACUCCAACAAAUGCACCAGAACCGGAAAGCUCAAUCCAUAAACCUAAUCCUGCGGUUCCUAUUCGAACGAGUGCCUCUUUGCAAAAGUCUUCGACAAACGCAUCUCGUGGCAACGCAACUGUCACCGACCACAUUAAACCCAAGCCUAACACAUCUAGUUCGGAACCCAUUCAUCGCAAAUUGCCCGCCCCAGCUCCUCCUGUACCAAUCCAAUCCCAGACAGAAAAAUCUUAGUGUUAAAAAUAAGAAUUCCUCAUUAGUGCGCGAAGAUUGCAGGGUGCCGCACUCGAUUCCGUGUUUAGUUCGCACUCUCCCCCGGACGCUUUAGGCAACGCCACUGUGUAUUUCUUUCGCUAUUGUUUCGAAAUGAAAGUGGUUUGGUCCUCUGAACUGGAUUACUGUCAAUCAUUACUCGAUUUUUUCUACAGAGCUCGCAAGUAGGUCACUUUUUCUCUUCGUUUUGAUUUAGUGGUUUCUCCCCUCAACAACCCUCGCUAAAAGACACCAUCGUUCGUUGUAAGCUAUCGCUCAUGCAUGACCGUACGGUUCCCUGUAUCACGCUGUACCCCUCAUUCAUAGUCUUUCAAUCAUUGGCUUACAUGUUAUUUUCAUCCGCUGCAUGGUGCCCCCAAAUUUCACCUGGCUAUCUUUCACCUAUUCGGCUGUAUCUUCUUUUUAACCUAUAUCAUGGAACGCAUUUUCUUACGGAGGGGGUAUGCUUCUUUUGACCAGCACAGCUCGUCAUCAUUAGUUCAGUUAUUUUUAUCUAUAUCCCGUUUUUCUGAUGCACUUUCAACCUGACUUACUCAUUCUUUCCCUUUGUUUUGAUCCUCACGACAAUGCGGUCUGCCGUGUACAUAUGGCUAGUCAUCCCCUAACCUUUUCUCAUUACUUUGUGCCUACUUAUAAAAGUUGUAGUAGUACAAACCGGAUGGUGUAUAUGCUUUUUCAACCGCGAGUUUGCGGCACUUCAAAUUGUUUUAUCGCCGUUUCUAAUUGCGUCUGAAUAAACGCCUCUAUUCCUUCAGUUGAUUUCGCACACCCAUCCAGCAAACUUUAUUGUC